CACUGAAAAGCCCAUCCACAUUCCAUGAACAGCGAAAAAGUCUGGAGCGAGCCAAGACUGAAGAUUAUCUCAAGCACAAGAUCAGAAGCAGGCCUGAGCGAUCAGACUUGGUCAAUAUGCACAUUUUACAAGACUCAGCUGCAGAGGGGUCCAUUCAGUCUACUCAAAUGAAGCUGAAAAGAGCCCGACUGGCAGAUGAUCUCAAUGAAAAGAUUGCUCUCAGGCCGGGUCCUUUGGAGCUGGUGGAGAAGAAUAUUAUUCCUGUCGACUCAGCUGUGAAAGAGGCCAUAAAAG